CGGGACAGAGCUCUCCUCACACACACACACACACACACUCCAACACACACACACUCUCUAACACACACAUGUCCGGAUUACGCCUCACACUCCGGGGAAAGUUAGUGAAGUUUCCGAGUGAAGUGGCGGAUUUAAAAUCUCAGCCUGCGGAAUGUCACUGCUCUGCGUCCGAGUGAAAAAGGCCAAACUCCAGGGAACUCCAGAUCAGUUAAAUGUCUAUGUGACCCUGAAGGUUCAGAAUGUUAAGAGCACGACCAUCACAGUGCGCGGAGACCAACCAUGCUGGGAACAGGACUUCAUGUUUGAGAUUAACCGUCUGGAUCUGGGGCUGGUGGUGGAGCUCUGGAACAAAGGUCUGAUCUGGGACACCUUGGUGGGAACAGCGUGGAUCCCCCUCAACACCAUCCACCAAUCAGACGAGGAGGGCCCGGGUGAGUGGAUCUCUCUGGACUCUGAGGUUCUAAUGAAGGCCGAUGAGAUCUACGGCACCAAGAACCCGACUCCUCACCGGGUCCUGCUGGACACGCGCUUCGAGCUUCCCUUUGACAUUCCGGAGGAGGAAGCUCAGUACUGGACCAAGAAGCUGGAGCGCAUCAACACCAUGAGGAUACACGACGAGGAUGAAGCGCAAGGAAUGCAGGUCUCCUCCGUCCCCUCGCAGUGCUGCGGCUGGACUUACUUCGGAUGGGGCGAGCAGCAGACUCUAGACGAUCACGACAGCGCGGUGGACGACAGAGACAGCGACUACCGCAGCGAGACCAACAGCCGUCCUCCGCGAUACCACACCACGGCCCAGCCCAACUCCUCCGUCCACCAGUACCCCAUGAGCCGAAGGUCGCGCCCACAACCCGCUUCCGGAGAGCCUGGGGCCGAGUCGAUACACAGCUAUGAGCUGGACUACAGGGAAGGCAGAGGGCCGAGCCCGGCGAGCAGCUCACGGUUCGGUUCGUCCGGUAACCUGAGCCAGGCCAGUUCCCAGUUCAGCUCAGAACCGGAGGAGAGAAGCGACCCAGAGAACCAGACCCGGCAUCCCGUCGGCGCCCGACCUCGGCUCUCCUCGGAGGACGUAGAGAAAGGGGAAAGAGAGAGACGAGCGAGUGCGCAGGAGAAACAGAAAGAGCGUGUCCUCCAUGCCGAGUCAGAGAGUUCCUUCAAAACCGAUUCUCCUCCCAUCGCCGUGGCUCGCCUCCGCUGGCUGAAGGCCAUCAACAAAGUCCGAGUUCACCUGAGCGAGACACACAGUAAUGAAAAUGGAGGCGCAAACCAACAGCCAUGGACCAGUGCUGGUGGAGGAGGAGGAGCGAUCUUUGGGAUCGACAGCAUGCCUGAUCUACGCAGGAGGAAGCCCAUCCCAUUGGUUAGCGAAGUGUCCCUGGUGCAGUCCAGGAAAGCCGCCAUCUCGUACUCGCUGGCGUCUCGGCCUUCGCUCAAAGACGAGGAUCUGAAGAGUCACGUGUAUAAGAAAACGCUCCAGGCUCUGAUCUACCCCAUCUCCUGCACCACACCGCACAACUUCGAGGUGUGGACCGCCACCACGCCCACCUACUGCUACGAGUGCGAGGGGCUGCUGUGGGGCAUCGCGCGCCAGGGCAUGAGGUGCACCGAGUGCGGGGUCAAGUGCCACGAGAAGUGCCAGGAGCUUCUGAACGCCGACUGCCUACAAAGAGCGGCGGAGAAGAGCAGCAAGACCGGCGCCGAGGACCGCAACCAGCACAUCAUCUCAUCCAUGAAGGACCGCAUGAAGAUCCGCGAGAGGAACAAGCCCGAGAUCUUCGAGGCCAUCAGGACGGUCUUCAAUGUCACCAAACUCAACCACGCCCAGCAGAUGAAGACCGUCAAGCAGACCGUGCUGGACGGGACGUCCAAAUGGUCCGCAAAGAUCUCCAUUAAAGUACUGAGCGCUCAGGGUCUGCAGGCUAAAGACCGCACUGGCUCCAGCGACCCCUACGUCACCGUGCAGGUGGGCAAAACCAAGAAGAGGACCAAGACCAUCUACGGGAACCUGAACCCCGUGUGGGAGGAGACCUUCAACUUCGAGUGCCACAAUUCGUCCGAUCGUAUAAAAGUCCGCGUGUGGGACGAAGACGACGACAUAAAGUCUCGAGUGAAGCAGAGGCUGAAGAGGGAGUCGGACGAUUUCCUGGGCCAGAGCAUCAUCGAGGUCCGGACGCUGAGCGGCGAGAUGGACGUGUGGUACAACCUCGAGAAGCGCACAGAUAAGUCAGCCGUGUCAGGGGCCAUCAGGUUACAGAUCAGUGUUGCGAUUAAAGGAGAAGAGAAAGUGGCACCGUACCACCUACAGUACACCUGCCUGCAUGAGAAUCUCUUCCACUAUCUGAUGGACAUUGAGGGACAGGGUGUGGUGAAGCUACCCGCUGCCCGAGGGGACGACGCCUGGAAGGUGUAUUUUGACGAGGUGGAGCAGGAGAUCGUGGACGAGUUCGCCAUCCGCUACGGCAUCGAGUCCAUCUACCAGGCCAUGACAAAUUUUGCCUGUCUCUCCUCUAAGUACAUGUCCCCCGGGGUUCCCGCGGUGAUGAGCACACUGCUGGCAAACAUCAAUGCUUUCUUUGCUCACCCCACCUCCAGCACCAGUGUCUCCGCCAGCGACCGCUUCGCCGCCUCCAACUUUGGGAGAGAACGCUUCAUCAGGCUCCUGGAUCAGUUACACAACUCCCUCCGCAUCGAACUGUCAUCCUACCGGAAUAACUUUCCAGCCAGCAGUAAGGCUCGCCUGUCAGAUCUCAAGUCCACUGUGGACCUGCUGACCAGCAUCACCUUUUUCAGAAUGAAGGUGCAGGAGCUGCAGGCCCCCCCGCGGGCCGCUCACGUGGUGCGGGACUGUGUGAAGGCGUGUCUCAACUCCACGUACGAGUACAUCUUCAACAACUGUACUGAGCUCUACAACGCACAGUACCAGACACACACACAGCCUAAACGGAAGAAAGGAGGGGAUGAGGAGAAAGGGGAGGGGCUAAAGGAGGAGGAGGCGGGGCCAAGCAUCCAGAACCUGGACUUCUGGCCCAAACUGAUCACCCUCAUAGUGUCCAUCGUGGAGGAGGACAGGAACUCAUACACACCCGUUAUAAACCAGUUUCCCCAGGAGCUGAACGUAGGGAAACUGAGUGCUGAAGUCAUCUGGACGCUCUUCGCUCAGGACAUGAAGUACGCAAUAGAAGAACAUGAGAAACACAGGCUGUGUAAGAGCGCCGACUACAUGAACCUCCAUUUCAAAGUCAAGUGGCUUUACAACGAGUACGUCAAAGAUCUGCCGUCCGUCUCCAACGGAGUGCCCGAGUACCCCACCUGGUUUGUGGAGUUUGUGCUGCAGUGGCUGGGGGAGAACGAGGACGUGUCCAUGGAGUUCAUGCACGGGGCUCUGGAGAGGGACAAGCGAGACGGGUUCCAGGCCACGUCUGAGCACGCCCUGUUCUCCUGCUCGGUGGUGGACGUCUUCACGCAGCUCAACCAGAGCUUCGACAUCAUCAAGAAGCUGGAGUGUCCCGACCCCGGCAUCGUCUCACAGUACCACCGCCGCUUCGCCAAGACCAUCAGUAAAGUGCUGCUCCAGUACUGCACCUCUCUGUCCAGCUGCUUCCCGUCCUACUGCGAGAACGAGAAGACGCCGUGUGUGUUGAUGAAUAACGUGCAGCAGAUGCGAGUGAUGCUGGAGAAGAUGUUCGAGUUCAUGGGAGCCAAGCAGCUGGACUCUGAAGCAGCAGAAAUCCUGAAUGAUGUGCAGGUUAAACUCAACACGGUUCUGGACAGCCUGAGUGCUGUGUUUGCCAAAAGUUUCCAGGCCCGUAUCAGUGUGUGUAUGCGUCAGGUGGCGGAGAUGGUUUGUCAGAUUAAAGGUCCUCUGGACCAGAACUCCAGGACCAGCGCAGAGUCGGACUCAGUCACGGCGCUCCGGCCUCUCAUGGAGUUCCUCGACUUACAUCUGAGUAUAUUUGCAGAUCAGUGUGAGAAGACGGUGCUGAAGCGGGUGCUGAAGGAUCUGUGGAGGAACGUUCUGAUCUGCAUGGAGAGAACCAUCGUCCUGCCUGAGAGCAACGAGAGCAUCGGUGCUCAGCUUCUCACAGCAGCCAAAGAGCUCUCCAAGCUAAAGGGAGGGGGCGAGGCCAAGUACCUGUCUCCACGUCAGUGUGUGGUCAUGGAGGCGGCGCUGGAAACCAUCAAGAAUUUCUUCCACGCAGGUGGAGACGGUCUGAAGAAGAUGUACCUGGAGAAGAGUGAUGAACUCCGCUCUCUUCAUUACGCUCUGUCUCUGUACGCACAGAGCACCGACGAGCUCAUCCGCACCUUCAUCAUCACUCAGCACUCACAGGUGCACCACGGGACGAGCCUGAGGAUCACACCGAAGGAGAGCUUACGACCGGAAAAGGCUGCUGGAAUUGAGCAGUUUAUAGGUGAGGCAGUGAUUCAGGUGGACACGACGCCCCCUACUGCCAACACUGAGCAGAAGAUCACCGUCAAAGUGAUCGGGGUGAACGAUAUGAAGUGGCAGACCUCAGGAUUGUUCCGUCCGUUUGUUGAAGUCACCCUGAUCGGCCCGAUGCUCUCAGACAAGAAGCGGAAAUUCAGCACCAAGUCAAAGAACAACUGCUGGACGGCCAAAUACAACGAGAGCUUCAUGUAUGUUCUGGGUAAAGGAAUGAGCUCGGAGUUCUACGAGCUGCAGGUGACGGUGAAGGAUUACUGCUUCGGCCGGGCCGACCAGGUGGUGGGCGUGGCUGUGAUCCCGUUAGCCCUGGCGGUCGGAUCCGAGAGGCGGAGCUUUGUGUGCUGGUGCCCGCUGGCCCCGAACAUCAGCGCGGAUCAGACGGGCAGCACGACCCUGCGCAUCCUCGCCCAGCGCCAUGACGACGAGAUCGCCAAGGAGUUCAUCAGACUGAAGAGCGAGAGACGGCCUACAGAGGAGGGGCAGUAGAGAGAGAGAGAGAGAGAGAGAGGUACAGAGAGACAGAGAGAGAGAGAGAGAGAGGG